AUGGGUGACAAUAGCAACACCGGCAGCAUGGAUGUGGACAACGCGACUGUAGCCGCACCCAAAAAAGGCACUUGGCAGGAUCUGAAGCCGAGAUUCUUACCAAAAGGAGUCAAAAGGAGUCUACCUCCCGGGUCGCCAGAGUCAAUUAGAGGCGUAAAGAAAAUCAUCAUGGAGAAACGGGAAAAAUCUCCCAGCCCAACCCCGAGCUCAUCGUGCUCCUUAAGGAACUCGUCACCUGAGGAAGAGAUAUCGGAGGAGGUUGAUUCGAUGAGCGGGGGCGAGAUGCGCGCCAAUGGGAAGCGCAGCCAAGCUAAGGAGCGAGAAAACCCGAAAGCUAAGUUGAUUGCGCUCGACGCGGAAUCGUGGGCCAAUAUUGUUGACACGGACAAGGACUGGGACUUGCCAGAAGAGGGUCGCCCCUCAUCAUCUGCAUCGUCCGCGAAGGGGGCUAAGGCGAAGAAUGUUGCACCCGGAGAAAAGAAGCGCUCCAAAGGACGUUCUAGGGCGUCAUCGAAGGAAUCAUCGCGCGCUAAAGAGAUGCAGACUAUCAAGACCGCCGCUGCCGCAGCCGCUGCCCCCGCCGCUGCCGCUAAGGAAGGGACCUUCGUGGCACCUGCCAGACUGAAAAGAUCCUUCUCGGGCAGAGAGUGGGGGGGAAACGGUGCCGUUGCUGCCGAGAUGGGCGACAUCCGUGCGGAUAUCAUGAGGAUGUCCCACGUAACAAGACCUACCGUGGGCAUCAAGACGCAAUUAUUGGCAAACCGCUACGAGGAGAUCGUCGGAGCCCUGCUGAUCCGGAUUGGAGUUCUUGAGGAUCGCCUGAAUCCUAUUUUUAACACCACCAAAGAGAUGUCGGAGGAGGUUGAUUCGAUGAGCGAGGGCGAGAUGCGCGCCAAUGGGAAGCGCAGCCAAGCUAAGGAGCGAGAAAACCCGAAAGCUAAGUUGAUUGCGCUCGACGCGGAAUCGUGGGCCAAUAUUGUUGACACGGACAAGGACUGGGACUUGCCAGAAGAGGGUCGCCCCUCAUCAUCUGCAUCGUCCGCGAAGGGGGCUAAGGCGAAGAAUGUUGCACCCGGAGAAAAGAAGCGCUCCAAAGGACGUUCUAGGGCGUCAUCGAAGGAGGCAUCGCGCGUUAAAGAGGUGCAGACUAUCAAGACCGCCGCUGCCGCAGCCGCUGCCCCCGCCGCUGACGCUGCCGCUGCUGCCGCUAAGGAAGGGACCUUCGUGGCACCUGCCAGACUGAAAAGAUCCUUCUCGGACAGAGAGUGGGGGGGAAACGGUGCCGUUGCUGCCGAGAUGGGCGACAUCCGUGCGGAUAUCAUGAGGAUGUCCCACGUAACAAGCCCUACCGUGGGCAUCAAGACGCAAUUAUUGGCAAACCGCUACGAGGAGAUCCUCGGAGCCCUGCUGAUCCGGAUUGGAGUUCUUGAGGAUCGCCUGAAGAUACGCGGCCGAGGAGCCCAGUCCGAGGAGCGAGGAUGGGGACGAGCCAUGCCCGCCAUCCCCUCCGCGGUGGUUGCCAGAGGUACCACCCACUCCCCGCUACGAAGGGGAGUGGCUCACAGACGACGCUCGAGACGGCGACGGAGGAGCACCGUUGGCCACGCCGCCGUGGAGGCCGGCCCAGCCACCCACACCGCGAUACAUCGAGCCACAGCGACCGGAGGAGCAAACGCCAAGCGAAGAGUCGACCGCGCAGCCGAUGCCACAACCGCAGAAGGAGGAAGUCCACUAGGCACGGGCGGAGGAGCCGUCGGUGGUGCGGACGGAGGUGCCGGCCGCGCACGUGAGCCACAGCACACGGGCGUUCGUGGCCGAGGGCGUGCGGUGGCGGCAGCAGACGCUGGUAUGGACGUGGCCCGAGGGGCCCGCGACAGGACCGACGAAGGAGGAGCCCAGGAUAUGGGAGGAGGGGGUACCCAAGGUGAACCCUCUGGACCCCCGGACGAGAAGCCGACAGGAUGCAUGGGUCCCGCCGACACCGGCAAGGACGGGGGAGGCGGAGUCGCUGGAGAAGGGACCGUGGGUGUGGCCCGAGCCACCGGCCACCCAAAGACCUCCGUUGCAGCGUCAAGCUUCGACGCCCGGAUCGACGCGCCCGCGGCCGCAGUUCAUGCGGCAAGUAUGGGCCCCGGAAGAAGGCGGUUGGCGCGAGGUCGCCAGGAGCGAGUGGCCGGAGGGAAUUGA